AUGGUUUUGUGCGUGGGAAAAGGAGCGAAAUGUCGCUUUAUUGAAGAAAAAGAAAUCGUCGAUCCAGAGCUUAUUUACGAAAACUUCCCUGAAUAUGUCAAAGACUCGCAGCAGCUUGUAAAACUGCCAGAAACGCGACUCGGAGCGCCAGGAGUUCUUUAUGUCAAUCAGCGGGAGUUUGCCGCCACUGUGCCGGAAGAUGAAAUGACUAAAUACAUCGGCACAGACAACGCCACAACCUGCAAUAUCGUUUGUGUGCGGCAUACGGGCAGCCGAGCAGUCUGCCUCAGCCAUUUAGACGGGUCAAAUACAGAUGAAGCCAUUGCAUCUAUGAUCAUGUCAACGCAGGCGUUGACGAAUCCAAAAGACGACUCCCUCGGCCGCCUGGAAAUUCAUGUGAUCGGAGGGUACGCAGACGAGGAAGAUUGCUCACUAGAAGUUACCGAAGGUAUCCUCCGCGCGUGCACAAAACGACCAGAAAAAAUAUAUUUGAACAGCUUGUGCGUCCUCUCCCAGAACACUGAAUAUUUCGCAAAUCGACCGCGCCCGAUUUUGUAUGGAGUCGCCAUAGAAGUUCACGGAGGCUACUGCUUUCCAGCCAAGUUCAUGUACAAAGGCCCAGAUAUUCCAAUCCGCACUGCCAGACUUUUCCGUGGAACGGGCGACUGUCUCAACAUCUACGACUACCAAAAUCACGAGCUUCAAAUUGGUCCCUUCGAUUACCAAGCCUGGCCUAACGCUGAAAAAUAUUAUCUUCUUCCCGAUGCGCUCAUCCGUCAAUACCUCUCUACAUCUCCUAACGUUGAAAAGCCCGAUUUCGCGCACUGCACCAAAGAAGCCAUAAAAGUGAUCAUGCAGCAUCCUGAGCCAUUAGAGACGAUUUUCCAGAACAAAGUCAGAAAAUACAAGCGAAAGUCCGACGGCUUCUGGGAACUGAUCGAUAGCUUGAACGAUUCCGGAACUUCUUCUUCCUGA